GUCAUGGACUCUGGGGAUUCGUCGUGUUCCAUAGUCUAUUGACUCUAUUCCCUUCACUUCCACCAUCUUCGUCUUCGUCACCGAGUCCUUGCCUGUUAACUCUAGCUCUAACAAGGUGACGACGACCAAUGGGAACCCUAGGCAGAGCAUUUUAAUCCGUCUGAUUUUGGAUCCGAGAGACCGGCCAAUCUCUCGAUCGCCUCGGAUGUCGAGGCAGCAAUUGCUUCCGAGAACAACUAUCCAGGCAUCGGGCAUUGAUGAAUGUAUUUGAUAAGGCUCCGAUUCUGGAUAAGGAAGCUUUUGUAAGUCAUAUUGGAAGAUGAUCAUCUAUUUGGUAUGUAUUCGUUCAACGAGGGGAUGUGAAUACUGACAGUGUUGGAUCAGGAACUAAUAUUCAGGACAACUCACUUGUGCAUGUGGCAAAAUCAUACCUAAUCGGUAAAGUGCUCCAUACCAUCAUCAUCGGGGACAAUGUAAUCAUUGGUCAUAGUGCUUUGUUACAUGGAUGUACUGUUGAAAAUGAGGCUUUUAUCAGGAUGGGUGCGACACUUCUUGACGGUGUGGUCGUUGAAAAGCAUGACAUGGUUGCUGCUGGUGCGCGCUUGUUCAACAAAACACUAGAAAUCCUUCCUUCUGGAGAGAUAUGGGGAGGAAACCCAGCAAAGUUCCUCAGGAAGCUUGAGGAAAUUGACUUUUUUUUCCCGAAGUCAGCUGAAAACUACUCAAACCUGGCGAAGGCUCACGCUGCAGAGAAUGCAAAGCCACUAAAUGCGACCGAGUUCGAGAAGGGUCAAAAAGACGAGGAAUAUGACGCGAUGCUUGGUAUUGUGAGAGAAACUCCACCAGAGCUUAAACUCUACAGCAUAGAGCAUUAUAAAGAAGCCAAGCGUUAUUCAAAUGUGAACUGUUUUCUGUGGUAUGCUUUCUGAUCGAAACCUUAAUAGUAUGAAAUGUCUGAAGAAGAUUAUCUUUCCGCCGCUGGUCUGAAUAAUGGCAGGUAGAGUACAUUAGACUGAAAUUAUAGCUUUUACUCGACUUUUCUUCAUGGUUUCUUAGGGAGUAGUCUUGUCAGGAGGACAAACUUUGGAUGCUAUUAGUUUGAAAUUAAGAAUCAUAUGAAACAUGAGGAGUGAACAAUAAUAGAGUGAUGCAUGUGGUAAUUCAUGUGCGCCUAUGUUGCUAUGAAGAAUAAAGAUCCAACCCUUGAUAUAUUUUAUAUAAUUUCAACAAAUUAUUAGUGGGGUUGAUA